AUGUUCGACAAUUCGCCGCUGGAUGUGACGAGCAGGUCGAUCACCGACGCCAUGCAGGUGCUGCAUGUCGUGCGUCCCCGACAGGACAAGUUCUGGUGCUCUGAGGGUGGGCAGCACUACCGCAUGGUGGUGGAGCCACCGGUGGACGGCACGCUUCAAGAUCUCAUGGAGUUGGGUUCCAUGACUGAGAAGGAUGUCAAGCAAAUGGUGAGACUGGUCUACAGAAUCAUCAGCUGGAUCAUUAGCUACGGCCCUCGACCGGUGGGGAAACACGCCCACCACAACUUUGACCUGAUUGACGCGCAACCCCUCCAGUUCAUCUGCACCUGA